AUGAUUGCAGUUUUGCUCCACGUAUCCGACCUACUCCAUGUGUUCUGGAAAGCUACCUAUGGCCCUUUCAGUUGCGGAACUACGCAGCGGCUUGUUGUAACAAAUGGAAUAGAAGUUCUGGCAGUUCCUCUUAAUCAGCUUUUGUUAUAUUACGUGUUCAAGGUAUACCUGUUCCUGCAAGCUGUCCAUACAUAUCGAAAUAGGAUGUAUUUAACUGCUUUUGAUCUCGGUUAUAUUAUUUUUGUGACAACAUCCGGGACUCUGAGUAUUGUCGCCAAUUCGUUUCUGCUCUAUAUGAUCAUUCGAAAAAGCCCGACGUGCUUAUCCCCAUACCGCAUAUUCUUGGGUAAUACAGCUUUGACUCAGCUACUGUACUCAUUCGUUAUGCUUAUGAUAGAACCAAGGAUGCUGGUAAAUGAAUUAAAUAUCGUUGUGAUCUAUCUUGGACCAGCACAAUUCCUUGGUCCAUGGGCUUGCUAUAUUUUAUUUAUUACUAUGCUGCACUAUGCCGUGAAUUCCUUUGUCUCCAUCAUGCUCUCCAUGGUAUUCCGCUGCAUAUCGGUUCUAACACUUGGGUUUCCCAGCUCAGGAGCUUAUAUCAUGUGUUUCAUAGGUUAUAUAGUUCCUAUGACAAUGGUGCUUGGAGCACUGAAUAUGGAUGUGGUUAGCGAUCCCGCUUCUAAUAAUGCUUAUAUCAACUAUAGUGUAGCUAAUCUGGAACUCUAUCGUACUGUUGUGGGGACAACAGUUGACCAGGCAUGCAAUAUGUAUGUCAUAAUGUGCACCUCAAUCUUCUUUAUUCCUAUGUAUAUAGUAAUGUACUUCUGCCGAUGGAAAAUCUACCGAGUUAUAUCACGCCCUACAUUUGUACAGAAUAAUUCAACAAAAUCUAAUAUACAGAAGCUCGUGAAGGCACUCACUUUCCAAGCACUAAUCCCUCUUUUCACCGUAUUCCCAGCUUCACUAUCCUAUCUGCUGGCUCAAUUUGGCCCACUACAUUUCCAGUUGUACAGCUAUUUCAUAGUUUCUUCUCUCAGUAUUUCAGCCCUCGUUGAUCCAAUGGUUACGAUCUAUUACGUCAGUCCAUAUCGUAGAUACGCUCGGAAUCGCAUGGGAUUCCCUCGUAGCCAAUCUGAAUUCGCUACAUGUUCGCGGCCUUCCGUAAGAAAACUCUCUUCUAACAAAUAUGCACGUAACUAA